AUGGCUGACAUGGCUACAACAACAAUGACCUCAACAUCAUUAUCCACCACCACAGGGACAGCAGCAGCAUCAACCUGCACAGGCAACCGCUGGGUCCUCCCCGUGCAAGAUGUCGCGUGCGCCCUCCCCGCCACAGGGAACUACUCCUCCAUAAUGGACAAAUGCUGUACCCCGGCAGCCGUCACGAAAUACAACGACGGGUGCGACAUGUACUGUCUGGCGCAGGGGCACAGCAUGGGCAAGCUGCUGGACUGUAUUAAGGAGAAUGGAGGAAACAAAGAUUGCCUCGAGUACGGGAACGAGGACGGGGGCGAGCGCGAGUGCGACGAGGGAUAG